CCUGAGAAAGGACAUGCAGCUUGUCACCAACAAACUUCUGUUGGCAAUUCGAAGGGCUGGCAUCUAGCUUAUAACUCAAUAAUAUCAAAGUUAUGUGGAAAAAAGAAACAAUUGAAGGGCCACGAUGUUUCAUGAAGCAAAACGCGCCGAAAUCAUGCGUUGAAUUUCCUAUAUUAAAAGCAAAAGGAAACAGAUUUAUUUGCUUUCAUACCUCAGGUCAAUCCAGCUGUCUUGAACCUUAAAAAAUUCAGGAAUCGCAUCACAUUCAUCUCUGUCUUCUCUAUCUAAGCCGCCAUAAGUGACACAGUGAGAUAAUACGUUUGUUCAUGGCUUAGGCGUAGAAGCUGCAGCGUCCGUUAAAGUUUGACUUCCCAAAAGCGCCUUCCCAGCAAGUGGAUGCUAAAACAAGAGCACAUAAAUGGAAGCACCAUACCAUGCCCUCAAGAGUCAAGACCUAAACAUGGCCAGGUUCCUCUCUCUAAUCGUUCUUCCAUUGCUCACCAUUCUCCCAUCCUCAGAUGCUUCACCCAAGCUAAUGCUAGGCACUGGCUCAUCCCUAUUGGUAGAAGACUACAAACAAACUUUCCUUACCUCACCAAAUUCCGAUUUCUCCUGUGGCUUCUAUGAAGUAGGAGGGAAUGCUUUCUCCUUCUCUAUCUGGUUCACAAACACCAUGGAAAAGACUGUCGUGUGGUCUGCAAACCCCAAGUCCCCUGUGAACGGCCAUGGCUCCAUGGUUUUGUUGAACCAUGGUGGCAAUUUGGUCCUCACUGAUGUUAAUGGCACCGUGACAUGGGACAGCAAGACGGGCUCUGGGAAGGGCACGACAGUAGCCCUACUUGAUACUGGCAACCUUAUCAUCAAAGGUUCCAAUGGUGCAGUUUUAUGGGAAAGCUUCUCUUCACCAACUGACACACUGCUGCCUUUUCAGCCCCUCACCAAAGCAACAAGGUUAGUAUCUGGUUACUACAGCCUCUACUUUGACAACGACAAUGUGCUGCGCCUCAUGUAUGAUGGACCAGAUAUAUCAAGCAUCUAUUGGCCAAGUGCAGACUACAGUGUGUUCCAAAGUGGGCGGACAAAUUACAAUAGCUCCAGGAUUGCAGUCCUCGACGCUGAAGGGUAUUUCCUCUCAAGUGAUGGGCUGAACGUAAAGUCAUCUGAUUGGGGUACUAAAAUCAAGAGAAGGCUAAAGAUUGAUUAUGAUGGAAACCUCAGAAUGUACAGUUUGAAUGCAUCUAAUGGGAAUUGGAUAAUUUCAUGGGAGGCCAUAGCAAAAAUGUGUGAUGUGCAUGGGUUAUGUGGACAAAAUGGGAUAUGCCAGUCUUUGCCAAGCUUCCAGUGCUCAUGUCCGCCAGGUCAUGAGAUGAUUGAUCCACAGAUUUGGAACAAAGGCUGUCAGCCACAAUUCAGGAAAACCUGCAACAACACAGAAGAGUUUGAGUUCAUCAAGAUCCCCCAAACUGACUUCUAUGGCUUUGAUCUGAGCUACAACCAGUCUAUCUCACUUGAAGAAUGCAAGAGGGUUUGUUUGGAUGCCUGCUCCUGCUCCGCUUUCACGUACAAGGCAGGACCUGGACUUUGCUACACAAAAGCGGUACUCUUCAAUGGCUACAGCUACCCAAGCUUUCCUGGUGAUAACUAUAUAAAAUUACCCAAGAAUUUGGGCAUAUCAACAUCCUUAGUCUCCAGAAAGUCUCAUCAAACAUGCAACCGGGAUAUUCCAGAGAUUGUAGAAGGAUCUGCAAGUAUGUAUGGAAUGAACAGUGUCGAUAAAAAUUGGACAACUUAUUAUGUGUUUGCAGCAAUACUGGGAGCCCUAGUACUGCUCUUUACUGGUACAAGCUGGUGGUUUCUUUCCAGCAAGCAAAACAUACCAAAGUCAAUGGAGGCAGGCUACAGGAUGGUAACAAGCCAGUUCAGGAUAUUCACACACCGCGACUUAAGGGAAGCAACUGGAAAAUUCAAAGAAGAGAUUGGAAGAGGGAGCUCUGGAAUUGUUUACAGAGGAGUGCUUGAAGAUAAGCGAGUAGUGGCAGUGAAGAAGCUAACAAAUUUCACACACAGUGAGGAGGAAUUGUGGGCAGAAAUGAGUAUAAUUGGAAGGAUUAACCACAUGAAUUUAGUAAGAAUGUGGGGUUUUUGCUCUGAGGGUCAACACAAACUACUGGUUUAUGAGUAUGUGGAGAAUGAAUCACUGGACAGGUAUCUAUUUGGCAAUGUAAGUAGUGAGAGACUAAUUGCAUGGAGCCAGCGAUUCAAAAUAGCAUUGGGAACAGCAAGAGGCUUGGCCUACCUGCAUCAUGAGUGCCUUGAGUGGGUGAUCCAUUGUGAUGUAAAGCCAGAGAACAUACUCCUGAAUCGAGACUUUGAAGCUAAGAUUGCGGACUUCGGACUAGCCAAACUCUCGAAGAGAGACAGUUCUAGUUUCAAACUCACCCAUAUGAGAGGAACCAUGGGGUACAUGGCACCAGAGUGGGCGUUGAACUUGCCGAUCAAUGCAAAAGUUGAUGUCUAUAGCUAUGGUGUUGUCCUUCUUGAGAUUGUUACAGGAAGUAGGAUCUCAAGUGGAAUAACAGUGGAUGGGAGGGAGAUCGAGCUUGGACAGUUUGUGCAGGUCUUGAAACAAUUUGUGGAGAGUGAAGAUGUCAAGGAUAUAGUUGAUCAUAGACUGCAAGGUCAUUUUAAUCCAGAGCAAGCAAUGAUAAUGUUGAAAAUUGCUGUAGCUUGUCUUGAAGAAAGGAACAGCAGGCCUACAAUGAAUGAUAUUGUAGUAUCUCUUUUGGCAUGUGCUGAACAAGACGAUCACCCUGCCUACUCAUGACAGUACUUGACUGCCACUAUGCCAGCAGUUGCAGAGGAGUAAACCAAGAGAAACAUCGAGCGUAACCGUCCAUGUCCUCAGGGUGUUCGGCAGAAUUCCCCAAAGACACUAGUCACUAACAGCGGCCGAGGCAGAUGGGAGAUAGGCCUCACCUGAGCCACAGCCCACAGGCACACCGAAGUAGCGCCGGGCGGAGAGUCCGAAGGCGGCCGGAGCCUGGCGGCUACAGCGGCGUGGUGGAGCCUGCGGCGCGGAAAAGGAAUUACGAAGAGCUCCAAAAACGGCUGGCCCUGGCCGCGCGGCACGCGUGGGUGUCGGUGGGUCCGUGGGUCCGUGGGUCAGUGGGUGGGACUGGGAGCUUUUUUUUCGAGAGAAUUUCUUAUUUGAUACUAGAAUUUUCUACGUGGCACUGGGAAUUUUUUCAUUCAAAAGGUAUAACUUUUAUGUCUCAUUUGACACUUCCGUCCAUUUUGCUUACUUACGGUGUUAACUGAUACUUGAAAAGUUAAUUUUGCCCCUAACACG